GUCCAAUAAAAACCAUUUUCAAGACCAUCCCCUUUCGCUCACAUUUCACAAAUAAAAUACCGAACAUCAGUUUCUCAUUUGUCAACACCAUUAUAGCUUGGCAACAAAGCAAAACAUAUCUUGAAGUCUUUAACAGGAGAAGAAAAGGGAAGAUUUUUGGAAGAAAUCAUGAAGCUCGUUUGGUCCCCUGAAACUGCUUUGAAGGCCUAUAUAGAAACGGUUAAAUCGUGUGAGCUUUUUCAUGAUUCCAGUGUGGCUGAGCUUGUUUCGGCCAUGGCUGCAGGAUGGAACUCGAAACUUAUCGUAGAAACGUGGUCACAAGGUGGAGUUAUUGCCACAAGCAUUGGCUUAGCAAUUGCUAGUCGUUACACAGUUGGAAGACACGUUUGUAUAGUCCCUGAUGUGCAAUCAAGAUCGAAAUACGCAGAAGCCAUGGGAAAGGCUGGGAUGUCGCCAGAAAUCCUUGUUGGGGAACCGGAGGAGGUUAUGGAGAGUCUAGUAGGCAUUGAUUUCUUGGUGGUGGAUUCGCGGCCGAAGGAGUUUGCUAGGGUCUUGAGGCUAGCAAAGCUCAGCAACCGGGGUGCAGUUCUGCUGUGCAAGAACGCUAGCUUAAGAGCUUCAACUUUCAGAUGGAGAGGAGUACUUGAAGGAGGAUCACGGCGGCUGGUCAGGUCUGUGUUUCUGCCUGUAGGGAAGGGACUUGAUAUUGCACAUGUGGCUACAAGUGGGGGAAAUUCAGGGUUAAACAAGAAAAGAUGGAUCAAGCACAUAGAUGCACAAUCUGGGGAAGAACAUGUCAUCCGAAAGUAAUUUCUCAUAGGAGAUGAUGAACUUCUUUCUAAAUUCUAGCUGCUUUUUUCCAGAGAAUUUUAAUUUGUAAAUAUUUUUUCUUCUGCUUCCCCUCAUUGCCUCUCCUUUUUGGCUUGGAAAGGUUUCUGUUCAUAGAUAAGAAUCCCAAAACAUUUGUAUAUAUUUUCAUCUUGUAAUUCUCAUGUGUGAAGUUUAAAAUUCUCGAAUACUUGCUCCUGA